GUUUGUUUCUAGAGGACAGUGGCAAGCGAGAAAUCCAAUACGUGAAAUGCGAAUGAAUCUCCCUGUGAACCAUGUUAUCAUCAUGCACACAGCUACCAAAUAUUGCAGGACAGAGGUUCUCUGCGAAAGAGAGGUUCGAGCCAUGCAAGACUAUCACCUUGAUACUAAAGGUUUCUUUGAUUUGGCCUACAAUUUCUUGGUUGGAGGAGAUGGAAGAGUCUAUGAAGCAAGAGGUUGGAAUAUAAUUGAAUCAGCUGCGCCCAACUAUAAUUUCAAUUCACAUGGUAUAGCCUUCAUUGGAAAUUUUUCGCUUAAUAUUCCAUCUAAAUCAAUGCUAGACGUCGCUCUUCGAUUAAUUGAUUGCGGUGUACAAAAGGGAUACAUUACACCUGGUCGAGCAAUUCAUGGACACAGAGACUGUAGAUGCACAGAUUCUCCUGGAGAAAAUCUGUAUGAGGUGAUAAAACAUUGGAAAAAUUUCAAAGGUGGACGAUUACCCAUGUACUUCUGCGAUAAGUGGUUAUGAAGAAAUAAACUGAAUACGAUCAGGGAAGUUCUGGCCCAGGAGGUUAUGGACCUGGAGGAUCAGGACCCGGAGAUGUUGUUCUAUAUUAUCAUGAACAAUAAAACGAGCAAUACUUAAUGAAUAGUGUAGGAAUUUACUCUGAA